UUUUUUUCUAAUUGUUCAGUAAUUCGAAUCUCCGCUCGCUGACGUCACCGGCUGGAAACGGAAAACCAAUUUAUUGACAAAAUACACAGAAAAUCUCCUGCUGAAGCGACGGAGAGCCACGUGACACACUGUUAUAACGAUGGCGUUCAUUAAAGAGGAAAGUGAAGACUUCAGGAUUGAAGAAGUAUUUAGUCUGAAACAAGUUACUGAGGAACAAACAGAACUGCUGGUGCUGAAAGAGGAGAAUAAAGAUCCGAAUGAAAUGGAACAGACAGAUCAGUACGAGAAACACCAUGAUUCCGUAACUGGUGGAAAAGCAACACAAACUAAAACAACUUCUAUUCGAAAAAGAGCUCAGAAAACCAAAUCCAACCGCCGUUUUACCUGCCAUCAUUGUGGGAGGAAUUUCGGUGAAAAAGAAAAGCUUAAAAUGCACGUGAGAGUUCACACUGGAGAGAGACCAUUCCCCUGCCAACAGUGUGGAAAGAGCUUCACUCAACGAGGAGCCCUCAAAAGGCACAUGAGAACUCACACGGGAGAGAAGCCUUACACCUGCCAACAGUGUGGAACUGGUUUCACUCAAAAAGGACACCUUAAAAAUCACAUGAGAACUCACUCGGGAGAGAAGCCAUUUACUUGCCAACAGUGUGGAACUGGUUUCACUCAGAAAGUACACCUUCAAGGCCACAUGAGAACUCACACUGGAGAGAAGCCUUACACCUGUCAGCAGUGCGGAAAGAGAUUUACACAGAAAAACACCCUUCAUUCCCACAUGAGCAUUCACACUGGAGAGAAGCCUUAUACAUGCGAACAGUGUGGAAAGAGUUUUCUUGCAUGAAAAAAAAUUAAUUUAAGUAUGAGUGUUAGUUCUGGAUGGAGGGAUUACUUUUUCUAGUAUUGUGGGAAGAGUUUCACACAUCUAUACACCCGUAAUUACCACAUGAGAAUUCACACUGGAAAGCAGCUGUACACAUGUGAUCGUUGUGGAAAGAGUCUCGCAACAGAAUUUAGCCUCAAGUGUCAUAAGAUCAGGCACACUGGAAAGAAACCCUUCAAAUGUGAUCAGUGUGGAAGGCGUUUCAUUCGUAAGAUAAGCCUCAAUUACCACAUGAAGACUCAUUCAGCAGAGAAAUGCUGUAAAUGUUCUCAGUGUGGAAACAGUUUCAGUCAUAAAGUUAGCCUCUAUGCUCACAUGAGAAAACAACACACUCGAGAGAACCCUGUGGUAAGAGCUUCUCACAAAUAGAAAAUCAUAAGAUUCACAUGAAAUAUGUGUGGAAUCAUGUGAAGAAACCCACAUGAGAUUUCACUCAGGGCUGAACUAUUUUAUAUGCCAUCAUUGUGCAAAGUGUUUCGCAGUCAAAGGAAACCUGAAGAUUUGCAUAGUUCACACUGGAGAGAGGACACGUGUUUCUGAAAUGCUAUUCAAGAUUAUUUUGGAAAUGAAGUGUGACAAGGUUUAACAUUAACAGUUUUUUUUUUUUUAACACCAGGGUGACUAGGAACAUGAAAUUAUCCAGCCAUGACUUCCUGUUUCAAAGGAAUAUAAAUAUGAGAAACACAAAGGCCAAAUUCCUGAAAGCAUAGAGGAUUCUGUCAAAUAACAACAGAUAAAAAAUGUAAAACUGACUGUCCAUGCUAGAUAUCUGCUUCUGCCCUGGCCAGCCUAGUUCCCUGAGCUGAACCCUAUAGAAACUGAGUAUGGUAAACUGAAGAGGAGAAGCACCAUCAUGGAGCUGUAAAUCUGAAGAAUCUGGAGAGAUUCUGGAUGUAAGAAUGAUCUCUGAUCUCUUAUCAGGUGUUCUCCAAUCUCCUCAGCCAUUACAGGAGAAAACUCAGAGCUCUAUCUAGUGCUCCUGUAGCUGAAGUGGUAGAGCGUUGCGUUAACAAGCAACAUGAUAGGUAAAAAUUUAUAGCCUGAAUGCACUGUAAGUCGCUUUGGAUAAAAGCGUCUGCUAAAUGCAUAAAUUUAAAUUUAAUUUAUUGGGAAAAGUAGGUUACAAAAAGUAUUGAAUA